CAGUCAUCAACUUUUGCAAAAAGUGUUGUGAUCCGAGACUUUUUCCAAAAUAACCUCAAGAAAUCCUUAACGUCGUCAACAUGGUCGAGUGGACAGAUGCAGAGCGCAGCGCCAUCACAGCCCUGUGGGGAAAGCUCGAUGUGGGCGAAAUUGGACCCCAGGCCCUGACCAGGCUUCUGAUUGUGUACCCCUGGACCCAGAGACACUUUGCGUCCUUCGGCAACUUGUCCACCAACGCUGCCAUCCUCGGAAACCCUAAGGUGGCCCAGCACGGCAAGACAGUGAUGGGUGGGCUGGAAAAUGCCGUGAAGAACUUGGACAGCAUCAAGGGUACCUAUGCCAGCCUCAGCGUUAUGCACUCUGAGAAGCUUCACGUGGAUCCUGAUAACUUCAGGGCUCUUGCUGAAAUCAUCAGUGUGUGUGUUGCUGCCAAGUUUGGCCCCAGCGUCUUCACCCCUGGAGUCCAGGAGGCUUGGCAGAAGUUCCUGGCUGUGGUGGUCUCUGCUCUGGGCAGACAGUACCACUAAGGGUCUGGAGAGGCACUUUUUGUGUGCAGCAGAUUUUUUUUGUUCCAGUUUACAAAAUGUCUCAUCUACUGCAUUGAAACUGUUGCAUGCACCAAAUAAAUUUCAAAUUAAAAUCA